AUGGUGAGUCUUCACGGCAAAUCGGGUAAAAUGAAACGAAAACCAACAAAAGUGUUGAAGAAAAAACAGAAGAAAGUGAAAAAAGUAAAAACUCUCAGCUUAGUCGACAAAACAGACGAUGAAGUUCUACGCAAAAACACUAAAGCGAAUGCCAAGAAGAUCCCUUUGGAUGCUGAUAAACCCAAGAAGAAGAGGCCCCGAACAGUCUCUUCGGGUUCGUCUGUUUGCCAAGAGGAAUCGAUCGGGGAGAAAAAGAAACGUGUUUCGUUUGCAAAACAAUUGGAAAGCACUAAUGAUGAGGAAGAAAUCAGCAAAGAUAUCAAGAAUAUCACGACGAACGCGUCACCCGGUAAAAGUAUAUUGGCCAGAAAAGUGAAGGCGACGAAGAAGGCAAAAUCGAAGCUGACUAGCUCUCCGUCGUCCGGAAAAGAGGACAAAGAGAAUUCAAUGGACACGACCAGUCCUCCGGAUCAGGAAAAAGUCGUUGAUCACAGCACUACCAAAUCAUCACCGGAGGCUGACCAAACGAUGAACGAGUCAAAAUCAACAAACGGAAUGGAGAUGGAAGUCUCACCGAAGGCAAAAAAGAAGCAUACCGACGAUAAAAAGAUGAAAAUAAUCGGUGGCGGUGGAGUGGAGAAAGUUAAGAAGCAUACGAAAAUACAGGUGACAAGGAAAGUGAAAGAGAAGCUGAUGACAAUGAAUCGUAAAGAGCGACGUGCCUUCAUCAAAGAGUUGCAAAGAAAACGCAAACCCAAUUUCGAUUUGGCUUUGAAAUGUAAACAGCUGUGGGAGAAAAUUCGAAGUGCGAAAUGUCAAGAGGCAGAUCGUGAGAAGUACGUUCAUGAGCUGUAUGGAUUGGUGAAAGGUAAAGCCAAGGAACUGAUCUAUGCCCACGAUACGUGCCGAGUGAUAGAGUGCCUGACGAGUCUUCCAAAAGGCACUAUUCGAUCGUUGCUGUUCGAUGAAUUAUGCCCAGAAAUUGUACGAAUGAGCAAAUCAAAAUAUGCGAGAUUUUUUGUGACGAAGAUGCUCAAAAAUGGGUAUGUUUAUUUUGAUUUCAGUUAG